UCAUCUGUUUAAUUAUUUAAUUAACCCCCCUGGCGGUAUUCCCGAGUGUAGCUCGGGGUAAAGUUUCAGUACCACAAGCGGUAACCCCGAGCUACACUCGGGCUUACCAUGCGGCUGCUGCAUAGGGAGUCCCUGCAGCACUUACCUUGUCCUUCGCUCCCGCGGUGUGUCCCCUGCAGCAUCCCCGGCCAUCUCCUCUGGCUGAUGCCGGCAUCCGGCUCCUGUGUUCCGGUCCCUGUGAUGUCAGGUGGUACGGGCGCCGCGGCGGCGGGAAAUUUGAGAAUUUAAAAA